UUUCAAGUUCCAACCAAUCAAAGCACAGAAAAAUAUUUUUUUUUUUCUUUUUUCCCCAAAAGCUAACAAUAAUUCAAAUAAACUCGUUUCAAUUAUUCAAACUUCCCGUGAAACGGUUUGAGGUAAAAUUCCAGAGUCACUGAAGUGUGGCAAAUGAGCUUCUUCCCGCCAAAAAUGGCGAAUCGGCACCAGAGAUCUCGGAGUACUCCGUCUCCGUCUACGAAUGAGCUUUGCUUCAAGCUCAAAAGGCUCGCCUCUCGCCACGAGCAAAUGAAGAUAGCGUAUCACGAGCUCAAGUCUCAGAUCAACUCCGGUUUGCUUGAGGCGGAAGAAGUGUUUGCGUCUUUGGCGAUUCCGUUGAUCAAACUGGUCGGUCUAAAAACUAAGGAAAUGGCCGAUGAAGGACGAUUCACCACCAUUAUUGUCGAUAAUCAUUUCUCUCAAGGAAGCCGGAGAAAUGGAGUGGAAUCGGAAUCAUCGGAUGGUAAUACAAGAAGAGAGCAAAGCUAUCAGAUUGGUAAAUUGGAGGAAGAAAGUUAUGCUACUAGAGCUGCCAUAGCAGGCAAAGAACUCAUGGAGAAGCAACAAACAAACUUCUUACAACUAGUGCGCCUCCUUAGACAAAUUGAAAUCCACGUCAACUGUCGUCAAGAUGACAUUUUCGGGACCCUUGACAGCCACCGUGUCUCCCUCAACAAGUUCUUCCAGAAAUCCGUGUCUCAUAUAUCUGCCCUUCAUAGUCAAAACCAUGACAUAUUUCUCAUGACACUGAGGCUCCUUAAAGAAAUAUUCAACAAUGUGAAUGCUAUUCUGGGCUCGGUGGAGAGCGGUGUGGAGAACCUAAUUCAGGGAUUGGCUGAAAAGAUGUGUAAUCCAAUGGUGGAGUAUGUGAUGGGCAUGAAGGAUGAUAUAAGGAAUGGAACAUUUGUGCGCUUAUUGGCCAUGGUGGAGGAGAUGGAAAGAAGGAUAAGAGAUGGAACGCUCCAGUUAGAAGAAGCAAGGAAGAAAGUCAGGGUGGCAGAAGAGGGAAAAAUUGAGGCUAUAUGCAAGUUAAAGACGGUAGAAGAAAGAGUGACGAGAAUGAAUGAACACCUUUCCCUUUCUGAAGUUGGGCUUAUAAAACCUCCUACUUCACACGAGUUAUUAGGCAUGGAGGAAGAGAAAACAAAAGAUGACAAGCUAUUAUGGAAAGUACUGAAGAGGAAAAGAAAACAUGAAGCAACAGCAAGCCCCAUGGGACCUGAAAGGCUUCUAUGCUUUGACACCAGUAGCCGGCACUGUAAGUCGGCAGGUGUAAGUCUGCCCUUCAAUCACAGGCAAAUUACCAAGGGUUGCACGAGAGCGCUUGAUCCACGUACGCCAUGCUUGAAUGCUUGGAUUCCUUUGGGCUUAUCUCCUUCCGUGGCAAUUCAACCUGCUGCUUCACGCAAGCAAAUCACUCCCUGAAUCCAAGCUUCAAGCUUCUCUUUUCCCCCAGCUACUAGGCUAGAAACCGUUGGACGGGGCAAAGAAGCUCUUCCUAUAUUCAAUCAAGUAGUGAAUGUGCAUAAUAAUAGAAUAUAGAAACAUGUUCCAUUCUACUUUUAACAUUCUAACUCAACAUAGAAAGAGAAUUUUAGUUGACUCUGUCUUGUGAUCAACAUAUUUUCCCAUAUAGGAAUGAUUGAUGGGGAAUUUGGACUGUCUAUGAGCAUUUCUUGUUAUAUUUUUUGUGUUCUAAGAAAGAAAGAGAAUCUUAGCAUUUGCAUUUGAACACAAUCAAUAUCCCCACUGAUUU